GGCCCCGGAGCGCGAGCCGCAGGGCGGAGGGCCGGGGCGCGAGCGCGGCGGGCGGCGGCGAGGCGGCUGAAAAGAUGGCGGACGGUGACAGCGGCAGCGAGCGCGGCGGCGGCGGGCCCGGCGGUUUCCAGUCCGCGUCCCGAGGUGGCGGCGAGCAGGAGACGCAGGAGCUGGCUUCGAAGCGGCUGGACAUCCAGAACAAGCGCUUCUACCUGGACGUGAAGCAGAACGCCAAGGGCCGCUUCCUGAAGAUCGCCGAGGUGGGCGCGGGUGGCUCUAAGAGCCGCCUUACGCUGUCCAUGGCUGUGGCCGCCGAGUUCCGUGACUCUCUGGGCGACUUCAUCGAGCACUACGCGCAGCUGGGCCCCAGCAGCCCUGAGCAGCUGGCGGCGGGCGCUGAAGAGGGCGGCGGGCCGCGCCGCGCGCUCAAGAGCGAGUUCCUGGUACGCGAGAACCGCAAGUACUACUUGGACCUCAAGGAGAACCAGCGUGGCCGCUUCCUGCGCAUCCGCCAGACGGUCAACCGCGGCGGCGGCGGCUUCGGCGCGGGCCCCGGGCCCGGCGGCCUGCAGAGCGGCCAGACCAUCGCGCUGCCCGCGCAGGGCCUCAUCGAGUUCCGCGACGCGCUAGCCAAGCUCAUCGACGAUUACGGAGGCGAGGACGACGAGCUGGCCAGCGGCCCGGGAGGCGGCGCUGGGGGCCCCGGGGGCGGCCUGUACGGGGAGCUCCCGGAGGGCACCUCCAUAACGGUGGACUCCAAGCGCUUCUUUUUCGACGUGGGCUGCAACAAAUAUGGGGUGUUUCUGCGAGUAAGCGAGGUGAAGCCGUCCUACCGCAAUGCCAUCACCGUGCCCUUCAAGGCCUGGGGCAAGUUCGGGGGCGCCUUUUGCCGGUAUGCAGAUGAGAUGAAAGAAAUCCAGGAGCGACAGAGGGAUAAGCUUUAUGAGCGCCGUGGUGGGGGCAGCGGCGGCGGCGACGAGUCCGAGGGUGAGGAGAUGGAUGAGGAUUGAGACGGGCGGCUUCCCCUACAGGCCUCCCCCACCCCGCCACCAUCCCCUUGGCUAGAUGGUUUCCUUUCCUGCUCAUCCUCAGUGAGCUAGUGGAGAGUGAGCAAGGGAGGCCCCAGAGGAAAAAAACAAAGUGAAAAAUAAUAUAGUUAAGAGAAACAACCAUAAGAGAACAGUCACGGACAAUUAGAGAAAAGCAGUAAAGUUCCAAGGAACUGACAGCAACCUGCAAAGAGAGGACAACAGCAUCUCCUCACCUGCCCCAAAUAGCCUCAACCUCUUUUCUUCCAUUUGAGGUUCCUUCAUCCAGCAGGGUAAGUAUGGAGGGGAUAGAUCCUCGCACUUCUGGGCCAAGAAACAACUGAGUUACCCAGAUCCAUUGAUAACAGUUGAAUUUGUGUUGUACGUGGGUGAUCAGGUCUGAAGAUCUCUCCAGGCCUCCCUGUUGCAGUGUCUGCCCCUUCACUUCCAUUGAAAUCAGCAUUUUGGAUCUAGGGCUUCAUGGAAUCAUUGAGAGGAAAGAGGCCUUUGCAGUUACCCGGUUCUGAGGGUACAAGUUCGUGAAAAUGGAUUGCAACUUUCAAUAAUCACGGACAGGGCAAAAUAAUUCAAGAAGCCAUGGGAGAAUACAGAAACAAAUUGGAUCCUUUUUUUUUUUUUUUUUUUAAUUGUUUUGCAUGGAACCUGGACCAAGGCCCAUGUCUUUUCUUUGCAGAAUUGUUUUCCGGGAUGCACAUGGAUUCAGAUAUCAACGCUUGAGCUGGAAUCCAUUACUAAAAUAGUUAAAAGUUGGCAAAAAUAUUUUCAAAGAUAAAAGCGGUUUUAUAUUAGGGAUUGCUGAGGUAGGCACAAGAGGAAAGUUAGGCAUAAAGCACAAGGCAAACUGUUUGAGUGGGUUGGUUGCUGCUCACUAAAGUUCUUCCCCUGAUCUCUAAAUAUGGAGGUCAUUACCAAGAAAUGGCUUAGAUACGAAGGAGAGCCAGAUCCCCGUGGCUCCACCAUGUGAGCCAGUGAAUUAUGGCUAAUUCGGCUGUUACAGCCAUCGGUUGGCUGGAUUUUAAACCAUAAAACUUGAAGAUUACCUACAAAAGGAACAGUGAGGCUACAAGCCUGAGCUUUAAUGGAAUAUAUGUCCUCACAGAAAAGUUGGAAAUAACCAAAACUGAAGUCUUAAUUUACCUUCAGUUUAAUCUGUGGAUUUGUUCAAAUACUAAAGAUCCUCAGGUCCAGAAUUCCAGCAUCAUUUAUUUUAAAAUAAAUUUUUAAGAACUUGACUCAUUGUAUCAGUACCUCACAAUCAAAGUUGGCAAAUGAUGGAUGAGUGAUUCAAGCAAUGCACCCGGUGGAAGCUGAAAUCCAUCUGUGAAUAGAACUGAAGUGUACGUGAAUAUGCUGACUAUAUCCUAGAAGCAUUUUUAUAUACCAUCUUGAAAUUUCAACAAACUGGCUUUUGUCAGCUUAUCCAGCUGUCUUUCAAGAAUAAAAGUUGGGGUUUUCAAGGA